AUGGCGCUCCCAACGCUAAUCCUGAUUUUCUCUACAGUAACAACAAGUAAGUUGAUCAACGACUUAUUAUUCUCUCUCAUUUUAAAAAUAUUUGACAGCUCUGCAAAAGGUUGUCAGAAUUCCAGUAUCUUUAUAAUUGAGCUAGAAAAUCUUAGUGAUGUUCAAGGGAUUACAGCUGGUUCCAAGGAUGAUCAAAGUACUGUUGAUUGCGAAUCGAAUAUAACAGGCGGUUUAAGAGAAUACAUUACUGAAUUUCACAAUAAGAUUCGUUCACAGCUUGUACACGGUCAUCUUCAUGGGUAUGAAAGUGAGGCAGACAUAUACACAAUGAGAUGGGAUUGUGACCUAGCGAAAUUAGCGCAGGAAAGAGCGAAUAGUUGUGGAAAAAAUACAGAAUUGCAUAAGUUUUCUGAUAAAAUUGGGGAAAUCGCUUAUCAGCAUUUUACUAAUAAUCCAGAAACUAUUGUGUUUUAUUUCGCACUUUUUUUUCGCAUCUGUCAAGUCAAUAAAUAUGUUAUUAUUCCAGAUUAUAUCUGGCCGAACACUUCUUCUAGGCUGUGGCAUAAAGCACCAAAAGACGAAUCACAUAAAACUGGCAACGGAUGUGAAUCAUGGAAGAAUUGUACUCUUUAUAAAGAUUCAGUUUGCAAUUUGAAUACGAAACUAUGUGAUUUGCAUAGCGAAACCGAAAUACACGACUCGUUUCGCACCUUCCUCGCAUCAAAUGGCACUAUUAAUAUUCCAAAUUUAGAAGAUGAUUCAACAACACAUCACAAUGAUAGCGAAAAUAAUAAUGCCACCGCUCAAUUGUGCAAUAAAAAAAUUAUGAGCGAUGAUACGCGCAGUGAUAUACUCUUUGAUCACAAUGAAAUUCGAUCUCAAUUGGCAUAUGGCGAUUUUAAAUUUCUUCCUUCGGGAUCGAAUAUUUAUUCAUUGAAAUGGAGUUGUGAACUAGAAGGAUUAGCGCAGCAAUAUGCAGAUGUUUAUGCAGAUGACUGUACAAUGUCGCGAAAACAAGAUAUUCAUGUGCCAUUUGAAACGGGUCAAAAUGUUUUUAAAAUUAGGACCAACGGAAAAUUCACCACAGAUCAAUGGUUUGAUAAAGCACUCAAUUUCUGGGCGAAUGGAACCCAAGAGAGUCAUCAAGUUGUACAGAUUUUAUAUGGGAAAACUUUGUUAAUCGGCUGCGGUAUUCGUAAAUGUCGUGAAUCGGAGGUGGUUAUCGUUUGUCAAUACUGGCCCAAGGCGACACCUGGUCCUUUAUAUCGACAAGGUUCAUCUUGCGAGGCAGAUAAUUACUGCGAUGCUUACAACCAAUCAUUUUGUGAUUCUGAGAUGAGUUUAUGCCAGAGUUCAGACAAUUUCACGUUCCCUAAUCCCCUUCACGCAAUGCUACUCCAGACUACUCCAAUAACAGAUGCUUCCAAUACCGAAAACGUAACUAAUAUUCCUUCAACAGAAGGGAUAUUUAACUCAUCGGAAAGUGGCGAAGAAAUUAUUCAAAAAUCAGCUGAAGAUCAAUAUAACUGUAGCGGCACAAAACUUCUCAGCACUUAUCCUUCCCAAUUCAAAAAGAAACAUGAGGAAUAUCGAAAAAAAGCCGCAAAUGGCAUCAUCAGUCUUCAUAAUUUCGAGCAUAUUCAAGAAGAGUUUUUCUUUAAAUUGGAUUGGAACUGCGAAUUGGAAAAAAAAGCUCAAACGGAAGCUGAAAAAUGUGCUGCGCCUCUUCGCGAUGCCAAUUAUAAAUAUCACAGAACGAUAAUCCAUAAUUUCGAAUUUGGCGAUUUGACUAAAUUUCUCGAUCAAAAAAUUGAUCGUGCAAUCAGUAGUUGGUGGGGGAAUAAAAUGGUUGACGAUAAUAUCGAUAUUGCACAAUUUGAAGCCACAGAAAUAGGUUGCGGCAUUGCAACAUGUGUUGAUGAGAAUCUUCAAAUGGUACUUGAUAUAGUCUGCCGCUACUGGCCGACAAGCGAUCCAAACGAACUCUACAGUUAUGCCAUCAGCUGCGCACGAGAUAGAGAUUGUAAUUCGUUACCUAAUUCAUUCUGUGAUACUGAUUUGGGGAUAUGCGUGGAAGCUGAACGUAAAGCAAAAUCUUCAGCGAGCAAUCAUAACCACUUAUAA